UCUCUACAUUCAACAGCAUAUUAAAACCCUAUCUAUAAUCGUCACACUAGUCUCAGGAUCUAGGGUUUUUGGCCUUUGUUUACAGAAUCAAGCGAAUUUCAUCGGUGAGAACAGAGUCCCGCCACCUCCGCCGUCAUGGGUCGUAUGCACAGCCGCGGUAAGGGUAUUUCUGCUUCAGCCCUGCCUUACAAGAGGACUCCUCCCAGCUGGCUCAAAAUCUCCUCUCAAGAUGUUGAGGAGAAUAUAUGUAAGUUUGCGAAGAGGGGCAUGACACCAUCACAAAUCGGUGUCAUUCUUCGUGAUUCUCACGGUAUUGCUCAGGUGAAGAGCGUUACUGGAAGCAAGAUUCUGCGUAUUCUCAAGGCUCACGGCCUUGCACCGGAGAUUCCGGAGGAUCUUUACCACUUGAUCAAGAAAGCAGUUGCAAUCAGGAAGCAUUUGGAGAGGAACAGGAAGGAUAAAGAUUCAAAGUUCAGGUUGAUUUUGGUGGAGAGUAGGAUUCACCGUUUGGCUCGAUACUACAAGAAGACCAAGAAGCUCCCACCCGUCUGGAAAUACGAAUCAACCACUGCCAGCACUCUAGUGGCUUAAGCUAAGAUCAAGAUGGGAUAUUUUUGGACUAGCAGCGUAGGUGGUGUAGCUGUGGUGAUGCAAUAUCUUAGGAAUCAAAUAUUGGCAAAAAAUGUGUUGAUUUACAAUCUUUGUCCCUUUGUUUUACAAAUUUACUGAAAAAUGGAUGGCAAAAUUUGGAUCUCAUUUUUUGGCUACACUAGCUGCAAUCCACCAACUUCAAUUCUGCUA